AUGGCGGCGGCAGAGACAGCUCCCAUCCGUCCUCAGGGGCCGCUGAUGCUGGUGCGGUCGUGUCGUGCCUUGGAGCCUACCAAGAGAGCUGAUUCGGCUGUCCAUGCUGUGGUAGCGGUGGAAGCGUCUUGCGCCGUGAUGGGAGGGGAAGACACCGUCGAUUUUGAGAAGCUGGGUAAGGAGCUCAAAAUUGCUUCGCCGCUGGAGAUCAUAGAUCGGGCUCUGGAGAUGUUUGACAAUGAAAUUGUCAUUACUUUCAGCGGAGCAGAGGAUGUAGCUUUGAUAGAAUAUGCAAAAUUAACUAGUCGGCCAUUUAGAGCCUUCAACCUUCAUAUUGGGAGGUUGAAUCCUGAGACAUAUAAGUUCUUUGAUACUGUAGAGAAGUACUACAGGAUCAACAUCGAGUACAUGUUUCCUGAUGCAGGGGAAGUACAUGGCCUUGUUAGAAGCAAAAGCCUCUUCUCCUUUUCCGAAGAUGGGCAGCAGGAAUGCUCCUAG